AAUGGGCGGGUGUCACGUGCAGCCUAUCCACUCCAAGGUAGGUAGGGGCGACUGAAUUUUUCGCUUGAGGUCCUUCCCUGCCCAAAGUCCCCCGCCGCCUUCAACAUCAGGUCGACCUUGAAAGUUUGUCAAUCAAUCUUGGGUAUACCCACAUUGUCAACAACGGUUUUUCAGCACCCCGCUUGUUUACAUCCCUCGCAUCUGUCGCUACAACACCACAGACACAACCAUCAAGAUGGCUGAGCAGCAGACUCCUACCUUCAAGCUCGUGCUUGUCGGUGACGGUGGUACCGGAAAGACCACCUUCGUCAAGCGUCACUUGACUGGUGAAUUCGAGAAGAAGUACAUGGCCACCCUCGGUGUCGAGGUUCACCCUCUUGGCUUCACCACCAACUUCGGUCAGAUUCAGUUCGAUGUCUGGGAUACCGCCGGUCAGGAGAAGUUUGGUGGUCUCCGUGAUGGUUACUACAUCAACGGCCAGUGCGGUAUCAUCAUGUUCGAUGUUACCUCCCGCAUUACUUACAAGAACGUCCCCAACUGGCACCGUGAUCUUGUCCGAGUUUGCGAGAACAUCCCCAUCGUUCUCUGCGGUAACAAGGUCGAUGUGAAGGAGCGCAAGGUCAAGGCCAAGACCAUCACUUUCCACCGCAAGAAGAACCUCCAGUACUACGACAUCUCUGCCAAGUCCAACUACAACUUCGAGAAGCCUUUCCUCUGGCUCGCCCGCAAGCUUGUCGGAAACCCUCAGCUUGAGUUCGUUGCUGCUCCCGCUCUGGCUCCCCCCACUGCCCAGGUCGAUGAGAAGCUCCUGGAGGAGUACCGCAAGGAGAUGGACGAGGCCGCCGCCAUGCCUCUGCCUGGUGAGCUUUCCGACGACGAUCUGUAAAUGACUCGUGUGGUUACGGAAUACUUUUGUUGAGGAGGAUGCUGCCAAACAUCCAAGGAACGAUGCAUGGGCAGUAUUUGAGGAUGGCACAUAGGCAGCCGAAACGACCAUUUAUGAGAUACAGGACGAAAGUCCUGGAGUUUACAGUAGCGUGAUUAUGGGGCGGCACAAAAGACAGGCCGUCAUGCCUUUCUUUGGGGCUCAAGGGACGGUACCACUGCAAAGAGCAGUGUCUUAUUUAGUUUAGCUAGACUUCCUCCACCAAAAACAACGAACAGGGCCAAGUUUGCGUGGCUUGGCUAAGACAAUGAACAUUGGCCCUUUGAUGGAAUUCACC